UGUUCACCGCAAUUAAACACAAAGAAGAAGAAAUCGACGACGGCAACAACGAAGAAGAAGACGAAGAAGAGGAAGAAGAAGAAGAAGAAGAGGGAGGAGGGAACCAGCUCCAGCUUGUCAAUGGAAACUGAAAGCAAUCUCUGGCUCAUGACAAGGAGACUUUGUCAGAGUCACUGAUCUGAGCCAGAAGCAGAGCCGCCUGCAGUCUGUGAAGAACAACAGGUGAAGCAGGUGUUGACACCUACGGAGUCUGGAAGAGGAGACCUGGUUCACCUGUGCAGAGAAACAGACGGAAGGAGGUGGACACGACGAGGACUGCAGAUGGCUGGCUUUCUGGAUAACUUCCGCUGGCCAGAGUGGGAAUGCAUCGACUGGGGGGAGAGGAGGAACGCUGUGGCUUCGAUCGUCGCUGGAGUUCUGUUCUUCACAGGCUGGUGGAUCAUGAUAGAUGCAGCAGUGACGUAUCCAACUCAGGACAAGAUGAACCACGCCUUCCACACGUGCGGCGUCUUCUCCACCAUAGCAUUCUUCAUGAUCAACGCAGUGUCUAACGGCCAGGUGAGAGGAGACACGUACGGAGAGGGCUGCCUCGGCCGGACAGGAGCUCGUCUCUGGCUGUUCAUCGGCUUCAUGAUGAUGUUCGGCUCGCUCAUCGCCUCCAUCUGGAUCCUGUUCGGAGGCUACGUGGUGCCGAAGAAAGAAGUGGCUCCUGGGCUGGCUGUGUUCUUUCAGAACGCCUUCAUCUUUUUUAGCACUCUGAUCUACAAGUUCGGCCGGACUGAAGAUUUAUGGGGUUAGAUGGUUUGUCUUACUGCUGACUGUCGGUAUUACUGACACACACGCACGCAGUCAGUCAACAUGUUUUGUUACCAGCCCAAACACACACACACACACAAAUCCACAGAUUGUUUUAUAAACUGCAAUUGCUUUUUAAAUAGAAAUCUGUCAUUGCUGCUACACACACACACACACACACACACACAAUUUAGUUCUCAGUAGUUUUAGAUGCUUUUGUAAUGACUCAUACUGUGUCUGUGCUGUUCUUGAGAAAAACUUUUCACAGUGUUUGUAUCGAGAGAACCUUUUUUUUUUUGUUUUGGACAAACUGGAGGAACUGGUUCAUGGUCUUUGUUUCUUUGUACGUCUGGACCGGUUCAGACCCGGUGUUAACGCCCGUCCUACAUGAUCCAACCACAGCUUUUAAAGUACAGGCGUGAGCGUCCCAAAGACUUCCUCUCAAACAGAGGCCACAAAAACUGCAGGUCCAACCACUGAACUAGAAUCACAGCAUCACCAGGCUCCCUUAACAAAUUGCGCGAUUUAAAGAGUUGUUCAGUGGGGAGAAACUUAACAAACUUUGAGUUACGGCUAUGACAAAUUCUAAAUCAUUGGUGCCUUGUUGUAAAUUGAGCAUUAAAUGUUUCAGCUGAAGUUGUUUGUCUCCUUGUAAAAAGUGUCAGUUUGUGGCAGCAUGUCUGUACCAGCCUGUCUGCUUCUGUGUCUAAAGUGCUAAAGUCUUACCUGCCAACAUUUAGCAGCUGUUUGAACACACUGUUUACACUGAUUUUACCAUUUACACUCCAUUUAUGAAAGAAGAAACAUGUUAUCAGCAUACUUUUUUUUUUUAAAUUGUAAACAGUUACCAUAAAAGGUCAUUUCUGGUGGAGAUGUCCCCAGACUACCUUUAAAAAUUGGGCAAUUUUGAGACUUGUGUCAGAAAAUUUCUCAUAAACUUUAUGAAACUUUGUCGCUGACAAAUUCUUCUCUAUUUGCGCCUUCUUUUUUACUGACUGUAUACAUGUCCAAUUUCACAAAUACAGUAAACACUAACCACAGUAAAAGUCCAGUUCUUGGAGAAAGUCCCCAGACUCCCUUGAAGAAGUGCUCGAUUUUGAGAGUUGUUGAAUUAGAAGAAUUUUGUGAAACAGCUACAGCAAAUUCUAAAUCAUGUGUUCCUUCUCUUCAAUUCGGCAUUAAAUGUUAUACAAUUUGUUUGUUUCACUGAAAACAUGCCAAAUCCAGUUAACAGUAACCAAUACAGGCUAUUUCUUGGAAAAAGGUCCUUUCAAACUCUUAAAAUUGCCCAAUUUUUGGCAUUUGAGAGACUUUAAAAACAUUGUGAAAUGAUGUCGCUGAUGAAUUUUUAAUUAUUUGGGCAUUCGUUUAAAUUCGGCUUUAAACCUAAUCCAUGAACUUGUUUCUUUCUGUGUAAAAGUGUCUUUCCAGACUCCCUUUAAAAAAACACUGUGUUGUGAGUUGUUGAAUUGUGGGAAACAAAUUAUAACUGUUUCAGCAAAUAUCAUUUAGUUCUUUGAUUCUUCGGGCUGAAAACUGCCUGUUUGUUCCAGUGAUGUUCGUGUUUAUUUUAGAUUUAAAGUGAGGCAGUAACUUCACAAGUGGUGGAUCAGGGCGGAUGUGAAUACAAGGUCUGAACUGAGCUCCUCAGAUGCUUCUCAAGUGUUCAUUCAUGCAUUUAUUCAGUGUGUUGGGGGUUACAUUGUAUUUUCACUGUAGUGAAUCAGAGAGGGAACAUCAUUGCGUGAAUAAGGAGAUAAUUUAUUGCUAUAAAUACAUUUUGAAGUGGCUGCGAACGAACGCACAACCACUGAGGGCACAAAGCCGCUCCUGCUGUCUCGACUGAAGCUGCUCAUUCGUUCAGCACAUGCACUGGAUUAUAAUUAGAUGAUCGUUAUUGUUUCUGAUUCUGCUAUUAGGGUCAGUUUCCUGUUGACAGAUUAGUCGCUGUCGUUCUGCCUCAGGAUCGAGUGUUUUUUUAAAAUAGCCUGUUUUGUCUUGUAAUUUUUGUCCUCAUUUAGCUCGUUUCUACCAGAAAAUGUCCUGUACAGUGAGAUGUAAGUAUUCAGUAUACUCUGGAUUUUUUUCAGUGGCCAUUUUAAGUAUUUAAGUAUGGAACAAACCUUGUGAAGCUUGUCAAUCAGACUGCUGUAGUAAAGGCAUUAAACAGACUUCUUUACACUC